CAUACGACCUCGGACAACCGCGGUUUUGUGUGAACACAUGCGGCGGUGACUAUUACUGGUAGCAGCCACAUUAGAGCAGCCUCGAUAAGAACCGCUUUGGCGCCCACAGCUGAUCUAUGACCCUAGACAAGCUUCAGUCGGUUCUCCAUUCACUGGAUAUGGAUCAUGGAAGAUAUGAUGAAGCAACAAACAGACUGCUACCCACCCCAUUAUACGAUUCCUAGAAGAGGGAAAGCUAAGCCGCCAGGUGGAGUGCUAGUGGGGGAUGUCACUGACCAGCAUAAGUCCUUCUACAAGAGAGCUGACCCUCACCAUAACCUGUCCAUGGUACACUUUGAGAAGCAGCCACCAGACAACACGCGGAAGACUUUCUUUCAUUUUGUUAUCUCCCUCUUUGACCAGAACCAUCAAGCAGUGGAAGUCCUGAAAGCGUCUUUCAAGGACUUCUGUGACACCACUGAAAACGGGCAAGAGUACAGAAAUGGUCUAAUUUACAAGCUCUACGUAAGCUACAGCGACGGUGUCCAAAAAGAAGAAGAGUUACAUAUUCGUCUGAUCGAUUCAAGCACCAAACAGCUCAUCCCCUACGAAGGAACGUGCAAGAGCCCAGACUUCAGGCGAGUGCUCCUGACUCAUGAAGUCAUCUGCAGUCGCUGUCUCGAGCAUCGAUCUUGUGGAAACAAGAAAGAAACACCCUCUGAUCCGAUAUUGAUUGACAGGUAUAGGCUGAAGUUUUUUGUCAAGUGUAAUCAAAAUUGUCUCAAAAAUGCUGGUAAUCCUAAAGAUUCUCGGAGACGCUUUGAGGUGGCUGUAUAUAUUCCACCGAACAGUGACACUCCCAUCGGCUGUUCUGACGCCAUGUUUGUUCACAACAAUUGUAAACACGGACAGAAGGCGAACCCAGUGAGAGAAGCUAUGGUGGGAGAUGGGAAGCCGUACAUCAUCUCAGUGCACCCCCACGAAGGCUGUAUGACGGGGGGGUCAAGCGUGUGCAUCAUUGGAAUGAACUUCUACGAGGGAACUGAAGUAGUGUUCGGGACACUGCCAGCUGCCUCAGAGCUCAUCAGCCCGUGCGCCAUUGCUGUGAAGACUCCUCCCAGUCCUAGGUCAGGAGAGGUAGACAUCACACUUGUCUAUCAGGGAUCGCAAUACUGCAUAAAGAAAUUUGUCUAUCUAGCUCCUGAUGAGGCUCAUUUCGAACACAAUUUUGCAAGGCUGGAAAGAUUGCUACGAAAUCCUGAAGAGCCUGAUGACAUUCCAAAGGAUAACCUUCUCAAGCGAGCAGCUGAUGCCUUGGAAACCUUCUAUUCCCUCCCAUGGCCUAACUACAGUGGUGGUGGUGAUGCAGGCCCCCUCACACAUGGCAACCAGCCAGUGGGAAGUGGACAAUACUUCUUCAGUUUCCCCACGACCCAAGCAGACGCAAAAAUUGAGCAUAUGUCGAGUAUCCACAAGCCCAAACCAGUCACCCCUGGAGGAGUGUAUCCGGUCGCUAAAGUAGCUCAUAUGCCUCAGGGGAUGUAUGGUUACCCAUCCAGCAGUGGAGACAUGAAUGGAUUCAUGGCGAACAAUAUGGGCGAACACCACGAGAGCAACAGAAACAACAAUAAUAGCAAUAUUGGAUUUGGCCAUCCCAUGGUAGCGGCCGGUUGGCAUGGAAACCCGAUCCACCUCAUUCCUCCCUCCCCUCCAACAGCUCCUGUACAAGCCAGCGGUUAUCAUCUCGGACAACUACCUGGCACCACGACAACAUCUUCAUUGCAACACUUGGCACAUAUACCAGCGCAAUCUUAUUAUAUCGGAGCAAACACUCCGUGCAAUGCAGGACAACAUCAAGCCUCCUUCCAGUCACGACAACACCUACAGGGACUGGCGUAUGGACAAGUAGUGGCAGCUGGUGGAUCGCCCCAAGAUUAUACCUCACCGUUGGCGACGACAACCACAAGUGCUCUCACCAGCUACAAUGUUGGCUAUGGACAUUUAACCACCACCUCUUCCUACACACAGCCAGCUGGGAAUCUAUCGUUAAUGCCGCCUUCUGUAGCUCCACCACAUCUCCUGAUUCCUCACCAGCUACCAAUGACGAGAACACUAUAGCUAACUCUUUCUCUCUCAUCAAACUGCAUGUGACUACUGAUCGAACUUACACAAUUACCACUGGCAUUUUCAUUUAAUUGGGUUUCCCGAAUUAUUACUUUACGUAGAUGCAAAUUUAAUUGUUAUAGCAUUCA